AUAGGAAGGGGAAAAAACAGGAGGGGAAACCAAGACAAGUUUCACUUCAGGAAAAAUAAUCAAACUCCCAAGAAAGGGGACUUGGAAGAAAAACAAGCCGUAGGAGGAAAGAAGGACAUCUCUAAUGCACGGAAUGAACUUUACAUGUAUCAGCCUGAAACUGGACUGGCUAUUUCAGAUUGUUUUAUUACUUCCACCAGUCCAGUGGCAGUUUUCCUGACUGUUGCACUGACAUAAUUAUGCACCGCGCGACCGUGCUGCUGGUUGGUUGAGUACGGAUUUGGUUCAGAUUGGUAUCAAAGUUUAACAAAGUCCCAGACCGAGCAAAGAACAGAUAUCACCAGAGCAUGUCUGGUGGCGUCUGCUGAAUUCUGUUCGCCACUGUCAGUUUUAUGAAGUGUGUCUGGCUAGCUUGCUUGCUGGUGAAGCAGCGGGGACUUGGACGCCAAUGUACAGAUCGGCAUCUGUGUUCAUUUGGUACUAAAGUAACGACUAUUGUGGCGAUCUUGCCAGCUAACACUGCAAAGGGAAAUAACAGGUAGUUAAAUAGAUGGCUAGUUUCAUGAGGGGAUAAUAUUCGGCUUUCAUGCAAAACGGAACAAACUCCCGCACUGGCACUACCGCGCUAAGGACGUUUAAAAUAAAAGGGUGUGUGUAGCGUGCUUUGAACAUUGUGACUAAUUAACAUUACUGUGUUGGCUUCCUUGUCAAUUACACCUGGAUUUUAACAAUGCCAGUAAGGAAAAAAGAUGCUCAACGUGCACUGCGUCUCUUGGAGGAGUAUCGAAUGAAACUCAAUCAAACCGAGGACCGACAACUGAGACACUCGAUUGAGAGGGUUAUCAACAUUUUUCAAAGCAGUCUCUUCCAGGCUCUAAUAGACAUCCAGGAAUUUUAUGAAGUGACCUUACAGGACAGCCAGAAAUGUGUGGAAUCUGUAAAGCCAUCUGAGCCCACGCCUCCCGUGAACCUGUGGGAUUUCUCCAGCCUCCCCAGCACCACUGUAACUUCAGAAACCCUGCCCAGCAGCCUUAGUUCCAAUAUCGAGAAAUACAGGUACCAAGAUGAGGAUGCAUCACCGCCCCAAGAACACAGCUCUCCACACCUCACAAACGAGGUCCAAGGGCCCGAGCUGGUGCAGGUGUCUGAGAAGAACCUGUCCCAGAUAGAGAAUGUACAUGGCUUCGUGUCCCACUCGCACAUCUCCCCCAUGAAGGUAGAGUCCCUGGAAUGCAUCUUCGAUGGGCCGUCAGCUUUAGGAAAUGAGGAGGUCCCGGCCCCAGCCUUCUCCACCUUGUACUCGCAAAGCGAUGCACUCCUGCAGCAGACAGAUGCUGUUCCUCCCUCCGCUCCCAUAAUCCCUGUGAUCCCUAUCUCGCCAGUCCCGGCCGAGACCACUCUCAUCUCUGCACCCACGUCACAGGCAAAUCCACCACCUGUCGUGGUGAACACAGACAGCUUGGACACGCCUCCAUAUGUAAAUGGAACAGAAGCCGAUUAUGAAUAUGAGGAAAUCACACUUGAACGGGGAAAUUCAGGCCUGGGUUUCAGCAUUGCAGGCGGUACAGAUAACCCCCAUAUCGGCGAGGACCCCAGCAUCUUCAUCACUAAAAUCAUCACAGGGGGUGCAGCUGCUCAGGACGGCCGGCUCCGAGUCAAUGACUGUAUCCUGAGAGUGAAUGAUGUGGAUGUGAGAGACGUCACUCACAGUAAAGCAGUAGAGGCCCUCAAAGAAGCUGGCUGCAUUGUGAGACUGUAUGUCAGAAGAAGAAAACCCGUCACUGAGAAGAUAGUGGAAAUAAAGCUCAUCAAAGGCCCUAAAGGUCUAGGCUUCAGCAUAGCGGGUGGUGUGGGGAACCAGCACAUUCCUGGGGACAACAGUAUCUAUGUCACCAAAAUCAUCGAAGGAGGAGCUGCACACAAAGACGGGAAGCUGCAAAUAGGAGACAAACUUCUGGCUGUGAACAGCGCUUGCCUUGAAGAGGUGACUCACGAGGAUGCCGUGGCUGCCUUGAAAAACACCUCUGAUGUAGUCUACUUGAAAGUGGCGAAACCUACCAGUGUCUUCAUGAAUGAUAGCUUCGCUCCCCCAGACAUCACCAACUCCUACUCCCAGCACAUGGAGAAUCAUAUCAGCCCUUCCAGCUACCUGGGCCAGCCACUAGCCUCCACCACCCCCGGGCGAUACUCCCCCAUUGCCAAGCCCCUGCUCGGAGAUGAGGAGAUCACAAGGGAACCCAGGAAAGUGGUGCUGCACCGAGGCUCCACGGGGCUGGGCUUCAACAUCGUGGGUGGAGAGGAUGGAGAGGGCAUUUUCAUCUCCUUCAUCUUAGCCGGAGGGCCAGCAGACCUAUGCGGAGAACUGAGGAAAGGAGACCGCAUUGUCUCUGUGAAUGGAGUGGACCUCCGCUGUGCCACACACGAGCAGGCUGCGGCAGCACUGAAGAACGCAGGCCAGACAGUCACUAUCGUGGCACAGUACAAACCCGAGGAGUACAGUCGAUUUGAAGCCAAAAUCCAUGACCUACGGGAGCAGAUGAUGAACAGUAGCAUCAGUUCUGGAUCUGGGUCGUUACGGACCAGUCAGAAGAGAUCGCUGUAUGUAAGAGCCUUGUUCGACUACGACAAGACGAAGGACUCUGGACUCCCCAGUCAAGGCCUCAACUUCAAAUUUGGAGACAUCCUGCAUGUGGUGAACGCCUCCGACGACGAGUGGUGGCAGGCACGGCAGGUGACCCCAGAUGGAGAGGUGGAGGAGAUCGGUGUCAUUCCUAGCAAGCGGAGGGUGGAGAAGAAAGAAAGAGCCAGGUUAAAGACUGUCAAAUUCAAUUCCAAGUCUCGAGACAAAGGGGAGAUCCCAGGCGACAUGGGAUCAAAAGGCCUGAAGCAUGUAACCUCUAAUGCCAGCGAUAGUGAAAGUAGUUACCGCGGGCAGGAGGAGUAUGUCUUGUCCUAUGAGCCAGUCAGUCAGCAGGAAGUAAACUACACCCGUCCAGUUAUAGUUCUGGGACCCAUGAAAGACCGCAUCAAUGACGAUCUGAUCUCGGAGUUCCCUGACAAAUUUGGUUCCUGUGUGCCCCACACAACCAGACCAAAGCGUGACUAUGAGGUAGAUGGAAGAGACUACCAUUUUGUCACCUCACGAGAGCAGAUGGAGAAGGACAUUCAAGAUCACAAGUUCAUUGAGGCAGGACAGUACAACAAUCACCUGUACGGCACAAGUGUCCAGUCAGUACGGGAGGUGGCAGAGAAGGGCAAGCAUUGUAUCCUGGACGUUUCAGGCAAUGCCAUCAAGCGGCUCCAAAUUGCACAGCUAUAUCCUAUUGCUGUUUUUGUUAAACCAAAAUCAGUGGAAAAUAUUUUGGAGAUGAACAAGAGGCUGACAGAGGAGCAGGGCAGGAAGACCUUUGACAGAGCCAUGAAGCUGGAGCAGGAGUUCACUGAGCACUUCACCUCUAUUGUUCAAGGGGACACCUUGGAGGAAAUCUACAACCAGGUUAAACAAAUCAUCGAGGAGCAGUCUGGGCCUUACAUAUGGGUACCAGCCAAGGAGAAAUUGUGAAGACGCUGAAGCUCUAGGUUUUCUUUGUUUUAUUUUUUAUUAUUAUUUGGAUUUUUUUUUUUUACCAACCUGGCCUGCUGUGUUUGAUGGCUCUCUGACCCCAAGCUUUGGAGUCCGCUGGCCCCUCUGCUGUACCCCUGUCAAUGGGGCUAUGACUUGUGUCAGGCCUCAGCAUUCUCUCCCAGCUUUGACACUGACCAUCUCCUUAAGACUGCCCUUUAGAACUCCUGUUUGGAUCACAAUGGUUUCCUACAGUGGGGGAAGGGCAAUGCCUGACCAGCAACUAAAAGGGGGGAAUUUACGGUACAGUUCCUUAAUGUUUAAGGGAGGUGACUUUCUGCAAAAAUCAUUUAGAUGCAUUAUGUAUAUUAUUUUCCUUUUAAUGUUUCUUUUUCAUAACUAUGUACGAAUAUGCAGUUGUAUUUGGUUCAUAAAGACAUGAGGCAAAACUUUGCACGUCAUAGCUUUAACAGCAUGUUUUGUAUAUUAUAAUUUUCUUGUCAGCUUUAUUUUCUCUUAUUUUCUGUUCCUGUUUUGGUAGUCCUGUGUCUGAAAUACAGUAACCAUGAGCUUGUUUUUCAUUUAUCAUACUAUACUUUUGUGUCAAUCAGCUCACAAGUCUACCAUUAUGUUUUGUCACUUCAAACUGCACAAGUACAUGAAGUUGAGAGAUGUGUGCUGCAAUGUUGCUGACAAAGUUCCUCUAACAAAAACAGUGUCCUAUUUUUUAAAGCUGCAUUUGUAACUAUGCUUGCUGGCCAUUUUAAUUAUGUUUAGGUGCUUUGGAGAGUUCAUUAAAACAACACAGAAAAGUGGAGUUGCUGUUUUUAAAAGUGAGAUAUCCAUAUAUACUUAGGAGGCAAAAUGCCAAUGCAAAAACUGAAUUUAUUGUACACUGAGAUUUUAACAGAUAUUUAACCCUCAGUAAACUGCCUAUUUUGUUAUAAUAAAAGACUAUAUUGAACUUUACUUAAACACUACAGCUGUGGGAAUUAUUUUCUUUACAUUUUCAAGCAUAUAUAAAUAUAAAUAUUAUAUAUAUAUAUAAAUAUAAAU